GUCGCUUCUCAAUCUUCUUUUUCUUCUCCUUAGUUUCCUCCUCUUCCUCUCUCUCUCUCUCUAACCAAUCAAAUCUUUAUACACAUAAGUGUAUAUAUAUAUAUAUAUAUUCUCAUACACAAAUUCUUCUGUAUAUAUAUAUAUAUAUCCUUGAAUAUCCAUCAGUCUUUGAUCAGAUACGAUUUUGAGUUCUCGUAGAAGAUGUUGAAGUUCAUAAAAUUUAAGAGUUCCAGAUCAAAGUCUUCCUCUGCAAGAAAAGGAAAGUCCCAGAAGGAAUGCGUUAGAAACUUGACCUCCAAGGCAAGCUUGAACGAAGAGUACAAGGAAGCUUUCAGAACAAACUCCUACCUGGAAAUCAAAACAAAAGCAGAAGGACAGUUGGGAAGAACACUCUGUGAUCGGCUCUCUUCUUCUCCAUCCUCAUCAUCAUCUCUCGGUUUCCAAGUACAUUUCACGGAUUACUUGCUCGAGCCUCGCCAAGAAACCGUUCACGCCCUUAUGCAAGAACUGCGUUUCCACCGUCUGGUCGUGAAGUUCUUCGAUUCUAGCUCGGAGGCGUGCUAUAUCUGCGAGUCUAUCCUCAAGUGCGUCCACCAAACACGGGCUAAUCACAGGAAAAUCAAAAGGGUGAUCAAGAUCAGCAAGAAGGUUUGUGGCGAUGGUAAAAGUUCAGAUCUUUCCCCUGAAAGGGUUUUCAGUCUGGUAUUGGAAGAGCUUUCAAGGUUCACGUCGCUGGAAAAUCCGCUGUGCAACGUAAACGAGGCCGAGUUUCGAUGUUUUCACGACUCAAACGCGGAACUUCUGGCGAGAUUGAUGUCGAAGAGGAGAAGAAUCAUAAGGAAAGUAAAGUUCUUUAGAUUCUUCAAGAAAGCCGGAGGCUACGGCCUGGUGAUAUCCCACAGCGUAACCGUGGUUGCGUUGCUGGUUUUCGCUCGGCAUUCUGCCGCACCUGCAUUGCUGGCUCUAUGCUCUUCAGGAUUGCUGAAGAACAAGAAUAAGAAGAAGAAGAAGAAAAAGAUGGAGACAAAGAUGAUGAACAAGACGGAUGUGUCGGAGGAGAAGCUCGUAACACAACUCGACAUUGCAGCGAAAGGGAUGUUCAUACUGAUGAACGAUUUCGAUACGCUGAGUCGGCUGGCGGGAAGAUUGUCGGAUGAGAUAGAUCACAGGAAAACAGUGGCUGCGAUGUGCGUGAAGAGUCUGAAAACCGAGGUUCUGAAAGAGGCGGUGAAUGAGUUCGAUGCCCACGAGGAGAGGUUUUCAGAACAGCUGCAGGAGCUGGAAGAACACGUGUAUCUGUGUUUCCACACCAUCAACAGAUCAAGAAGAAUGGUGUUGGAGCAGAUAACAGGACCUCCUCAAGAACUGGAGCAAUGUUCUUGAUUCUUUUGUUCUGUUGUUGCUUUUGUGUACAGAAGCAAGCGUAAAUUAAGGGGAAAGGAUUCUGACAAGAAAAACAGCGAUUAAUUAAAGAGGAUCUAUGCUUAAAGAUUCUACUUUGCUCUUAAUGAAUCCGUUGGUUUAUUAUCCAAUGAUCCCAGAGAAAAUUUGUGAAAAAGGGUUUAUGAGAAAUCGAGAGAAUAUGGUGAAUCUCUUGGCAUAUCAUAUUUAAUAUUUUUGAUUGAACCCAAUCUUCUUUGUAUUCCGAAUUUCUGAUAAC